CCUUAUUCAACAAGUUAACAUUUUUCUAAUAUAAAUUACCAUCAUCAUUCAUCAUCCACACUAGCUAGACUUCCCUUGUUUCUUCUCCACAUAGCAAAACUAACAAUGUCUUCUUCAGAUGAAUCCUUUGUUGCUCAUGUAGCUUUCCUUCCAAGUUCUGGUCUAGGUCAUCUCAAUCCAUGUCUAAGAACAGCUGAGUUAUUUCUUCGUUAUGGCUGCAAAAUCACUCUCAUCACACCAAAACCAACAAUCUCUUUAGCUGAAUCAGACCUCAUCACUCAGUUUUGUUCUUCUUUCCCCUCAUCUCAACUCACUCAAAUAGACUUAAACCUCAUCCCUUUAGAUCCAUCGAUUAACGUUAACACCGUCGAUCCAUUUUGGCUUCAGUUCGAAACCAUUCGUCAAUCACUUCAUCGCCUUUUACCUUCAAUUCUAACAAAACUAUCAUCUUCACCAUCAUCGUCAUCACCUCUCUCAGCUUUGAUCUAUGAUGUUAGUUUGAUUUCACCUUUGGUUUCCAUCAUGGAGAGUUUCACUUUUCCUAGCUACAUAUAUUUCAUAGCACCAGCAAGAAUGUUUUCUUUCUUUGCAUAUUUAUCUGUUCUUUCUGAGAAAAGCAAUGAUGGUAAACAUUUUUCAUGCAUUGGUGAUGCUGUUGAAAUCCCUGGAAUUGCACCAAUACCAAAAUCUUCAUUACCUCCUUUGAUUCUUCAACCUAAUAGUCUCUUUGAAAAGAUACUUAUGGAAGAUAGUCCUAAACUUAGAAAGCUUCAUGGUAUUUUUAUGAACUCGUUUGAAGAUCUGGAAGCUGAAGCACUAGCUGCACUUAAUGAUGGGAAAGUUGUUCCUGGGUUGCCUCCUGUUCAUGCUAUUGGUCCUUUGGUGCCAUGUGAAUUUGAGAAGGUACGAUGCUCAACCAACAAUUGCACGGAUUCUGUAUUGAAGUGGCUUGAUGAACACCCUAAAGGAUCAGUGGUAUAUGUUUGCUUGGGAAACAAGACAAGUACAAGGAGGGAUCAAAUAAAAGAUAUGGCUAAUGGGUUAAUGUCAUGUGGUUACAAGUUCUUGUGGGUGGUGAAAUUGAAGGUAGUUGACAAGGAAGAGGAGGAAGAGUUAGAGAAUGUACUAGGGAAUGAGAUGAUGAAGAAAGUGAAUGAAAAGGGUAUGGUUAUAAAUAAAUGGGUAAAUCAAAUGGAGAUCCUUGGUCACCCUGCAAUUGGAGGGUUUGUAAAUCAUGGUGGGUGGAAUUCAAUAGUAGAAGCUAUAUGGCAUGGAAAGCCUAUUCUAUCAUGGGCUCAUGAUGGGGAUCAAAAGAUAGCAUCAGAAGUGGUGCAAAUUAGUGGGGUGGGGGUUUGGCCUGAGGAGUGGGGGUGGGGUAAGCAAAAUUUGGUGAAAGGGGAGGAGAUUUCAAAGGUUAUUAAAGAGAUGAUGAGUAGUGAGUCUUUGAGGAUCAAAGCUGGGAAAAUGAUGGAGGUAGCUAGAAAGGCUGCUAGUGUCGGUGGGAGUAUUGAAGUUGUGAUUAAGAAACAAAUUGAGGAAUGGAAAAUGAACUUUCAAAGCAUAUAAUAGAAGAAAAGUAGGGAUCGUCUGCAUUCACGUAUUUGGAAUAUCGAUGGUCGUUCGAUCAAGAUCAAACUAAUCAAGUUUGAUAUUUGAAUUAUAAAAUAAAAACACCAAACUUGAAUCUAGAUCAUCUGAUCUUAAUAGAACGACCACCAAUAUCUUGAUUGUUGAAUGCAGACAAUCGCAAUUAAAAAAAAUAAAUAGCAACACUCACUUUAAUCCUCUUUUCAACAUCGAGACUUUUCUUUGGUGAACUACAUGUAAGUCCCAACACUAUGCGGGAUCCGUUUUCAAAAUAAUGGAACUUAUAUGAACUUUACUCGAUCAAAGAUAUGAUAUCGAAGAAAUAGUGUUAGAGUGAGUGUUGUUUGCAUAUGUCUCCUCAAUCUUUAUUAAUAUAUGGUCUAUUUUUAAUUUGGUAUCUUAA